UUGUUGACUUCCACCUGAUGAUGCGGAGAAAAGGAAACGAAACUCAACACAGCUGCUUUCCAGCGUUUCAUAGAGAGAGAAAGUUGACAGCUCAGAUUGGAACAUUUAGCACAUCCAUUCGGUUCAUAUCGUAACCAUACAGGUGAUACAAUUGGGAACCGAAGACAUCACAUGACCACGAGGAACAUGUCUGCUGCAAGGAAGGAGCUUCAGGAGGCCAUGUGCUGCUACACCAUCGACACCCUCCUCUACAUCAGCACAGUGAGAGAGUUCUGUGAGCGAGUCCAUAAGUGGAGGCUUGGGAGGGAGACCGAGUUGCUCAUGAUGAAGGACAUCAAAGAAAGGGCUGACGACAUCGACCUAAGCAUCGACCACGUCACCAAGUCGGAGGACAAAUUUGGGGCUUUUUUUCGGUACUUAGGGAGCAAGUUCACCCAGGUGACUGCAGACAGCAGGCGCGCCGAGCUGGAGGCGGAGCUGGCUGCCGUGCUGAAGGACACUCUGGGAGGUCUGGAGAAGCUCCACUGCUUCCUGGACGCAGUGGAGAACCUGGCGGUCACCUCGCUUCAUGUUUUUACGUGUGAGAACUCCAUGUUGCAUCUUCCAGAAGGGAUCCGCCCCCAAGACGUUCAGGUUGUGAUCGGCGCUGCACAGAUGACCUGCUCCCUCCUCAUCGAGUUCAGAAGAGAUGCAACAGCCUUCUUCCUUCCUAAACUUCAGAAUGUGGAGGUGCUCUCAUAUCAGCUGGACAAGUACAUUAAGUCCACGCAGAAAAUCUGUGGGACGUUAGAGAAAAGCUCCCUCAGUGACUUCUGCAUAGAGAUGAACGACGAAACCCUGGUGGAUCUCGAUGUGGAUUUGUCUGAAGAUGAUAUCGAAGUGAUGCUUUGGCACAUUGAGGAGCUUGAGGAAAUCCGGAUGAACCAGAGCUUCCGGACGGUGUUCUUGUUUCAGGGGGAAUGUUCUAACUUCACCUCUGAGUUCAAAGAGCGCAGGCCUCGGAUGCUUCAGUUUCUGGAAGACCUGGAGGAGAAUGCUGUUCAGCUGGAUCAGAUGAAUAAAGGGGCAAAGAUCUCCAGUGUGGUAGGCAGCUCAGUGGGGGCAGCUGGAGGUGUGCUUUCCAUCAUUGGUUUGGCAUUGAUUCCUGUAACAGCUGGAGUGUCUCUCGCUCUCACAAUGACUGGGGUGGGGAUGGGAAUCACCAGCGGAGUCAACGGAUUGGUCACCACUGCCACAGAGAUUGGUGUAAACCACACACACCAAAAGCAAGCCAGGGAGGUCUUCCAGAGCUUCAUGGAGGAUGUGCAGAUUCUCCAGGAUUGUCUGGAGGAGGUCAGCCAACAGGUUACUACCCCGGAAGAGGUGGUUCUGGGAGGAGGCACGGUGCUCUGCAGAGUUGGUGCCAUUGGAACAGGCAUCGAUGGACUUGUGGAUGCGGCCGCAGCUCUUAAGAUGCUAAAGAGUGAAGGCCUGAUUGUAGGUGCUGGCAAAGUGGCGAUGCAGGAAGGGAAAGCGCUGCGGAACGCGCCCAGGUUGGCGGCGGACCUCCCUGAUAUCGGUCAGGCGGCGGUCAAAGGGCCUCUGGCCCUCUCCAAAUCGGCAAGAACCGGUCUCAUCGGGCUCAACGCUCUCUUCCUGGGCCUGGAUAUCUUCUUCAUCUGCAAAGACAGCAUCGGUCUGGCCAAAGGCUGCGAGACCGAAUUCUCCCAGUUUAUCAGAGCCAGAGCUGCACUUUGGCGCUCAGAGUUGGACUCGUGGCAGAAGAUCUAUGACUCACUGAGCGAAGGUCUGCGCACAGAAGAGGAGAACAAAAUAAUCCUGGAGACGCCAUUUUAUCCAGAGAAGGAAAUGAAGAAACAAGGAGGAAUUGGAAGUAAAAUUUAAUUUUAAGUGGAUGAAAAAGAAAAGAUGAAUAAUGUGUGGGGUGUUGUGCAGUAGGGCUUCACAGAUAGCAACUCCUCUUAAAUUAUGCUCUCCGCAUCAAACAUGAUCCAAAUGUGCUUCUGAAAAACCUUUUUUUUAACACAUGACACAUUAUUCUGUGUAACUUCGACUGUUAUCUGAUGAUAAACUCUAAUGAGAAUAGUUGUGUAUUGAAUAAGGAUUUUCAAUUUCUGUAAAAUGAAAUUGGUGCAAAAUAUGCCAAAAAUGUUUUAUGCAUUCAGUCUUCAUGAUAAUGUAUGUACAGCUAAAUAUGCUAAUAUCGUUGAAUAAGAAUUUAAAAUGCAAAUGUUUUAUUGUUAAUUAAAAAAUAUCCUCUUAUGAAUGAAUAUUAUUAUAUAAAUACCUCCAGAUGUGCAGAAUUAAAGUAGUGAAAGUGUCAGUAACGGAUACUUCAAGAAUAUUGCUUGUUUGAUUUUUUUUUCUUUAAAUUGUUUUUCAGUUAUUUUUGUCCUCUUGCUUUUGCAACAUCACAAUACAGACUUGACCAAUAAAAUGAAUUUGAACCCAAAAUACAGUUUUAAAAGUAC